GUAGACGGCGCGCACGACACAUAAUUUCUGUAAUCUGUGGAUACGGCCGUUAUACGUCACACACGUCAUACCAUUGACGUCACACACCAUUUUUUCUAAUAAAAAAAAAUGUUUUUAACACUUGUGAAGUGUCUCAGUAGGUAGUUGCUCAGUCUUUUUACCUGCGAAAAUUGUGCUAGAGUUCUUGUUCACGUUUUGUUUUUAUUGGAACAAAGGCAAUCAUGGGGUUACUUCCUUACUUGUUAUGUCUCAUGGUGAUACUCCAUUGUUCAUAUGCUCCACCUGUUACUCCAGACAAGAAGAAAGAUAGUGAAAUAAAAGAUGAUCUUGAUGAGUACAUGGAAUAUCACAGAUAUCUGAAAGAAGUAGUGCAAGCCCUAGAAAGUGAUCCGGACUUUAGGGAACGCUUAGAGAAGGCAGAAGAAGAGGAUGUCAGGUCAGGUAAAAUUGCCGAACAGCUUGAUUUCGUUAAUCAUAAUGUUCGAACGAAACUGGACGAAAUCAAACGACGUGAACUAGAGAGACUCCGCCAUCUCGCGACAAAGCAAUAUGAGCUGACCAACCAUCUCGACACACAUAUGGGUAAAGUGCCUACUAACGAACACUUGGACCACGGGAAUCCGCACACUUUCGAAAUUGAAGAUCUCAAGCGUCUUAUUAAGAAGACUACCGAAGAUUUACAGGCUGCUGACAAGAAAAGGGAGCAAGAAUUCAAGGAAUAUGAGAUGCAAAAAGAAUUUGAGAAACACCAAAAGUUAGAAGGCAUGGAUGAAACCCAAAAGAAGGAAUUUAUGGAAAAGGCGAAACAGGAAGAAGAUGCUAAGAAACAUCAUCAACCGCUCCACCAUCCUGGUUCUAAGCAACAACUGGAAGAAGUGUGGGAGAAACAGGACCAUAUGGACCAACAGUUUGACCCUAAAGUUUUCUUCAUGAUGCAUGAUGUCGACGGCAACGGCGCUUGGGAUGCGCACGAAGUGAAAGCUCUCUUCAUAAAGGAAUUGGACAAAUUGUACGGCCCCGGGGGACCCAACAAAGACUUGCAUGAGAGGGCUGAAGAGAUGGAAAGGAUGCGAGAACACGUGUUCAAAGAGAAUGACCUUAACCGCGACGGUUUGAUUGACUUUAAUGAGUUCAUGAGCAAGACGCAGAACUCGGACUUCAAUCAGGAUGAAGGGUGGAAGUCGAUAGAUGAGAAUCAGAUCUAUUCUCAGCAGGAGUAUGAAGAAUACGAAAAGCGGCGGUUAGAGGAGCUGCAUUACUUGCAGCAGCGCGGUUUGGUCGAUGCUCACGGCCGCCCAAUUCCCGGUGCUGAACACCAGAUCCACCAAGCUUUACAGGCUUACCAACACCAACAGGCUUACCAACAACAACAGGCUUACCACCAACAACAACAGGCCUACCAACAACAGGCUUACCAGCAACAACAGCACCAUGGACAACAAUAUCCGCCAGGACAGAUGCCUCCGCAAGGAUAUCAGCAAAUGCCUGGUCAAAUUCCCCAACAAGGAUAUCCAGCGCCAGGUCAAGUUCCACCACAAGGUUACCAACCUCAGUAUCAACCUCCUCAAGGACAAUAUCAAGGUCAAUUACCCCCGGGUCAACCAAUACCCCAAAAUCAAGCACCCCAAGGUCAACCAAUACCUCUAAAUCAAGCACCCCAGGGUCAACCAAUAGUUCAAAAUCAAGCACCCCAAGGUCAACCAAUACCCCAACAAGCACAAUACCAACCGCAAGCUCAAGUUCCUUCAAACCAAAACGUCAAUAUCAACCAAGGGCAAGCCCCAAUACAGUCUCAAGCAUCAAACACCCAGAACCAAGCUCAGGCCCCACAAACUCAAGGGCAAGCUCCGCAGAGUCAGAACCAAGCUCAAGCCCCGCAAACUCAAGGGCAAGCGCCUCAAAACCAGAACCAAGCUCAGAGCGGCGGCCAAUCUCAGAACUAUUCUCCCCCAGCUCAAGCUCAAGCACCGUCUCACCACAGUUAAUUAACUAGCGAGCUUGCUUUGGAAAUCUAACGGCAGAACCCAGAGACGUCACCUACAUUUAAUUACCGAAGAUUUACAUUACAAUUUUUUUAUUAUCUCUAAACACCAAUAAAUAAAAACAAAUCCGUGCGACUUUCAUCAAAUACGUAAAAAUUCUUGCAAACAAUUUAGCUAGCAUAAUUAUCAUUAACAGUCUCAAGAAAAUACAAUUAAAACCUAACAAAAUCAACAGGGAAUUGCUGGUAUUCUAAAGCGAAAUUUUAUCAAAUCUUUAAUUUUCAUUGUCACUCUUCAAUUUGAUAAUAUAGUGAGACCGACCGUUAUUUUAAGAUACAUUAAAUUUGCUGACGUCUCUGAGACCGGCCGUAAAUCUGAACCCCAUAAUAAAAUGGUUCGCUCAAUAUACAGAUUCCCAUAUUAUUAUGUGCAUUGCAUGUAAACUAUUCACGAAUGGUGCCAAACUAGUGAUGUGCUUCUUCAACAUACUCAACGGGCCUAAUUAUGCCAUGAUUUUCCAAUAUGACUAAAUUUCACAGUAGUUUAUCCUUAUCUUUUUGGACGACCUCCGCGGCCGGUGGUUUGUACGCCGGGUUUCAUGGCGUCGCCGACUCGAGAGGUCCCGGUUUCGAAUCCCGGUGGGGGCAGAUGUUUGUGUGAUGAAUACGAGCAUUAAUACCCCAGUCGUGGAUGUUUGAUAUGUAUUUCUAUUUAAAUAUAUACAGUAUAUGUAUUCUAUCCAUUACCCUAGUAUUCCAUAUCACAAGCCUUAUAAUCAGUGUUACCAGGACCGAUUUUUAAAAAUCGGGUGGGGUUAUAGGAAAAAACAGUAGAUGUAUGGAAAGAGCUACAAGAAUAACAGUAGAUGCAGAUGCCGACUUUUUCCGACUAACGAAUGUGUUUCCGUGGCUUCUAACACCCCUCAAAGCUAGGGUUUUUAUAGACAAUAAUAUUUAUUUUAUAAUUAUUAAGGUUAUCUACAUUAUUAAUGGUGGAAAAUACAAUUCAACAUGCAAUUGAAAACAGAAAAUCGUAUUCUAAUAAAAACAGGAGAUUCAUGUAGAAAAACAAUAGAACAGGAGAAAUUUCAGAAAAACAGAUUUCUAAAAUCUGCAGACCUGGCAACACUGCUUAUAAUGCUUAUUUUGGGGCUGGGUUAAUUGGUGUAAGUAUUGCAGAUAUUUAUUUAUAUCAUGUUAUAGAGCAUGAAUGAAGCAGAAUGAAAAGGACAGACUGCUGUCACAUGAAGCUUUAAGUUUAGAAAGUGAUGGCAGAAUUAGGACCAAUAUUUACAUAAUAAGUAAAUUGAAAUUUUCCACUAUUUACACUCAUAUUGUCAGCAAUCAUAAUAAACGUAACGUUAGAGUAAGAUUUUGUUUUUUAAACUUUAUUACUUUUAUUAAUAAACGCGGAAUAAGUUUGGAUUAGUUAAUUCAUGUUUUGCCUUUGUUCAUUGAAUGAUGUAAUUUCAGCGAUAUGAACAAAACACGGCGUAACUGGUCCAAGCUUAUUCCUCGUUUAUUAAUAAGGGAGCCUGAGUUCUUUGAGACUCAAUCAAGUAAUUAAUUCAUUGUGAGUUUUGGCUUAAGAUUUUUGUAAUACCUAUUUAUUUCUUCAAUGUCUAUUGUCUACUGCAGCUUUCUCAAUUAGGGCACAAUUUCAUCCAUUUCGUUUACUCUGUAAACCCUAAUUUUUAUUAUUGUAACUAUACUAUAGCAUUGAAAUAAAUUAUUGGCAAAAUUACGGAUUGACUUUUUUUUU